AUAUAUGCAUGCUCGACUACGGUCGAUAUACGAGAGGCUAUCGAUUUCGUCGUUCUUGUGCAUAGUAAUUUUGUUUGAAUCGUUUGGAUUGACAGAUCGAGUUCGAUAUGCAUUGAUAAACACGCAGUUAUUGUGAUCGGUUGUGUUGAUUGUUCAUGUAAUGUCUAUUUUUAGCGUUUGUGUUUUGUAGUCCAUGUGAGAGGAAGAUGUGGAUUAUUUAGAUCGUGUAGAUUCGAAAACUAGUGAAAAAGUAAAACACGAACACACCAAUUAUGGCAGAAAAAUCAAGUUCAUUAGACGAUGAUGAAACGAGUUGUAAACAGUAUGUGAUACCCUCCAACGAGGAAAUAAUUAAUGAAUUGACCAAAGACCUGCACUCUUCAAGUAUCGAGGCUGCAGAAGACACUAAUAGUGUUCGUGACAAACACGAUGAAAGAAAACUGGAGAAGGAGGACAUAAAUGUGGGCAAAUUUGAAGAGGAUAUAACCAAGGUUUCAGCUGGGGAUUCGGAUAAAUCUGAAAAUGAAGAGGAUCAUGUAGAAGUUGAAGAUGAUUUCAUUGAUGAAGAAGCUUUGAAAGACUUUGAGAUAACAUACAGUGCAGAAGACAAAGAGAGACUGCGUAAAGAGGCAGAUACAUUAAAGUCAAAAGGAAAUGAACAGUUCAAGGCUGGAAACUACCGAGACUCAGCACAAAGCUACACCUUAGCAUUAAGAACAUGUCCCUUAGCUUUCGACAAAGAUCGUGCAGUUAUGUACUCAAAUCGUGCAGCCACCAAGGUAAAGCUGGGUUUGAAGCCUUCGGCUAUUGAAGAUUGUUCCAAGGCAAUAGAGCUGAACCCCGUCUAUCUGAAAGCGUACUUCAGACGUGCACAGUUGUAUGAAGAGGUGGAGAAACUUGAUGAAGCUUUAGCUGAUUACAAGAAAGUGCUGGAAUUGGAUCCGCUUCACAGGGAAGCUUUGUAUACAAGCAGAAGAUUGGCUGAACAGAUACAGGAGAGGAAUGAAAAGUUGAAAACAGAAAUGUUAGGAAAAUUGAAAGAUUUGGGUAAUAUGAUAUUACGUCCUUUUGGCCUCUCAACCAACAACUUUCAAGUAACACAGGACCCGAACAGUGGAGGAUACUCUGUUAAUUUCCAGCAGACACCUCGGUAAAUGUUUCCUGUUGAAUUAAUAAAGAAAAUGCAUCUAUGAGUGAAGAAAUAUGACUGUGAUUAUCACCGCAGUUUUCCAGUCUGUUAAUGUUCAUUCAUGAGAAGCACAAAAUUGUAGUUCAGAAAAUAUUAUGGCUUACAGCUGAAAUUGUAAGAGUAUUUAAUUUUCAUAUCAUUGCUUGUAAUAUUUCUCUGUAUUAAUAUGUAUCCUUGAAAGUAUAUUACAAGUUUUAUGUGUACUGUGACAUAUUAAAAGAAAAUGUGUACAUUGUUUUGAAAUAA